AUGGACCCAGCAGAACGUAGGUACUUGGAGGAUGAGGAUUCAUCACUCAUGAAAACUUUUAAGGGUGCAACAACUGGUUUAGUGGCUGGCACUAUCUGGGGCACUGUAGUUGCAACAUGGUAUGAUGUUCCUCGUGUUGAGAGAAGUGUUGCUCUUCCUGGGUUGUUAAGAACUUUCAAGAUGAUGGGGGGCUAUGGAGCGACCUUUGCUGCUAUAGGAGGAGUCUACAUUGGUGUCGAACAAUUGGUGCAGAACUACAGGGGCAAGAGGGAUCUUGUAAAUGGUGCUGUUGGUGGUUUUGUUGCUGGUGCAUCUAUUCUCGGUUACAGAGGAAGGAGCAUCUCAACAGCAAUUUCUGCAGGUUCAGCAUUGGCAUUCACAUCUGCCGUCCUUGAUUUUGGGGGGCAGACAUUAAAACAUGAUGAGGGGAGGGAGUAUGCUGCAUUAACUACAAAGAAAAGACCCAGUAACGAUGCAUAA